AUGUUUCUGCAUCUGUGGUUCGCCAGCUAUUUUCGAGUGCAAUCUCUCAUGCAAGAUGAGCAAUUCGAUGUGCUUUUCUGGCUUUUGGCGAUGCGGCAAUAUUUGCUGCUGCUGCUGCUGCUGCUUGUGGGUACCUAUGCAGUGAGUGCUGCAUCCGAAAGCUUUACUGUGACCACCACAGCCCAAUCAACUACCAUGUACUCCAAUGGCGGAUCCAAGCACAACGGGCUCUCCUCAAGCGCACGAGCCGGUGUCAUAGCAGCGGUAGUCAUCGUCAUCGGCAUCGUCUUUCUUGGUAUCGGAUGGUUCUUGUAUCGCAACCGCAAGCUCAAGUAUACCAAAGAACUAGCAGAGGCACAAGAAGGAGUUCCAGCAUGGCCUACAAAGUGGCCUUCGCGAGCAAGACCUACCACUACUUCGCAACCGAGGAAUAGGCAUGGAGAAGCUGUUGAAUUGGCACCGCCGGCUUAUGAUAUUGCGCAACCAUUGCCGACGUAUGAGCCGCAGAGAUCGCAUCAGGAUAGACUAGAGUCUUAUGAGUUGGCGAAUAUGUCGCAGGGACAGAGGGGUAUACGUCAGGAUGUGUAG